CACAUCCUCCUGAAGCACAUACUAGAAACACUGCUAUCCUGACAUGUAGUGACCAUAGCCAACCCUGAGUACUGUUUCCUAUAAUAACUAUUGACUGGCAAUAUUGAAUCACUGAUUUCAAGUGAUUCGGCUUUGUUCAUAUUUGGACUCUGGGAAAACUAUGGGAAAGAUGGUUAUGGAGAUUGUUGCUUUGCUGCUUAGUAUAUCAGGCUGGGUUCUGAUCUCCUCCACACUGCCCACUGACUACUGGAAAGUGUCCUCUGUGGAUGGAACAGUCAUCACAACAGCAACCUUUUGGUCCAAUCUCUGGAAGACAUGUGUGACGGAUUCAACUGGAAUCUCCAACUGCAAGGACUUCCCUUCCAUGCUGGCUUUAGAUGCUUAUAUUCAGGUGUGUCGUGGGCUGAUGAUCUCUGGAGUGUGCCUGGGUUUCUUUGGGGCCAUUCUGGCCCUAGUGGGAAUGAAAUGCACAAAGAUAGGUGGCUCUGAGACUACCAAGGCCAGGAUUACCUGCCUCUCUGGACUACAUUUUAUCCUCAGUGGUGUCUGUUCAUUAGCAACAUGUUCACUAUAUGCUCACAGAAUAACCUCUGAGUUUUUCGACCCUUUAUUUGUGGCACAAAAGUUUGAGCUGGGGGCUGCACUGUUUAUUGGAUGGGCAGGAUCUGUCCUUUGCUUUUUGGGGGGCAGUAUCUUCUGCUUCUCCAUGACAGAGGGCUUCAGCAUGAGGGAAUACACCUACACUGGAGUCACCUCUUUCAUGAAAACUCAAAGCAAAAAUGGCAAAAGUCCUGUAAGUUCUGAAAAAGGUGCCGCAGAUCAAGGCUACUCUGUGAGGCAGUUUGGGAGAAAUGCCUAUGUGUAAUAUCUCUACAGGAAAGUUCUGUAAAAAACUGACCAAUAAGAGCGAAUGCCUAUGUUAUAGGCUGUAAAAUGGAUAUGCUUUAUGCACAACCAUAAUCACUAAGGGAAACGACCACAGAUAACACAUUGACCAUCACUAAAGCAAGUAGAUAUUAAAGUGAAAAUGUAAUUUUGUACUUUAGCUUUAGUCUUUUUAAAAGCAAAUCUACUAAGUACUAUAUAACUAUCUAACUUUUCAUACCUGUGCAUUUUUAGACGUUUACAGACAUAAAAGUGUUCGCAUAGAUUGCCAGGU